AGUGAAGAGAGCAUUAAAGUUGGACACUGUUAAAAAAGAUAAUCCAUCUGAUGCAACACCUUUGAAGAUCAAAAAGAAAAAUCUAAACUCUUACUCACCGACAACAGGAACGCGCCAAAUGAGUCCAUUUUCAUCUCCCACGAGUCAUAAUGCACAAAAUCUCAGAAAUCGCCCAUCAAAUGGAGAUGGAACUGAGCAGAAUGAUUCAGAAAGCAGGCUAUCCAGAAGAGGGCAGCCUCAAACAGAGGAGGAUGCGUUCAUGGAAUUGCAGUCCAAAGUGAAAAGUUCAUUGGCUAGAAUUGUGAAAAUAAGAGCAAAUCUGACAAGUCUACAGGCUUUAGAGGGCAGUAGAGAGCUUGAAAAUAUUAUUGGCGUCUCAGACUUGUCUUGCGUCUUGAGUGCUGAAGUGCAGAAAACCCAAGUGCUAAUGAGUCAAGCAGAAGAACUGCAGCUGUUGAAAAGAAACCAGGGAAAACUUCCUGCCCGAGAGUAUGUCCAGACUGCCAGUAGCUCUGCCUUCCUGAAGUCGCUCCUUGACUGA